AUGGACCCCUUCACUGAGAAACUGCUUGAACGAACCCGUGCCAGGCGAGAGAACCUGCAGAAGAAAAUGGCUGAGCGACCUACAGCAGGAGUGAGACCCACAAUGCAGACGAAGAGGGUCAGGGAGCCUUUGUUAGAAACUAGUAAUCAGACACCUCUGCCUGGUGAAGAAGUGAAAUCUAGUACAAAGCCAUCACCGUCAAAGAGGCUCUGUUCUAGCAGUAUGGAAGCUCAAGUUUCCAGUUCAGAGAAUAGGCAGUCGAUUUCUUCAAGUUCCACGAAUCGUUCUCCUGUGAUGACUUCAGAGUUGCACGUAACUGCUUCUAACAGGACUCCAUCAAUUCAGUCGCCUGAGAAAGCAAAAACAAAUGCUAAGUCAGAAACUCCUGGAGCCCUUUCAGUCAAAACACGUAUGCAGAAAUUGGCAGAACAGCGACGUUGUUGGGAUAGUGAGGAUCCUUCUGAAUGUGCUCAUCUGUCUCCUCUCCAGUCAAAAGACUUACCUGUUUCUCCACCUAAGCAGCCAUCUAUUGCACUAGCAAGUGAUACCCCUAUUGGGAGAAGAGGCCGUUUAGCUAACCUUGCUGCUACAAUUGGUUCCUGGGAAGAUGACCUAAGUCAUCCAUCUGCAAAGCAAAACAAUGCACAAGAACAGCCUGGCACUACUUGUUUAUCCAAAUUGUCCACUACAAGUGGAGCAUCUGCUAGAAUCAAUAGCAGCAGUGUAAAGCAGGAAGCUGCAUCCUGUUCUCAAAGGCUUUUUGAGGCUUCUAUUAAUAAACCAGCGACCUCAAAGAUAUCGGAUCCAAAUAAUUUCGUAACAAAACCCUCAAGAGACACUGUUCCUAGUUCUAAGGAAUCUGAAAUACCACCCCCACUAACAGAGAAUCCCUGCAGUCCCCAGAAAACUGAAGAACUUAAACAAACAGUAAAGUCAACUUUGUCUCAGCCAGUUCAGUCCAUAAAAGGGCUAGUCAAAGGAACACAUGUGCAACUUGAACCUCAGAAUAAACCCACAACACCAGGGGGAGCAGGAAUUAAGCCCUUCUUGGAACGUUUUGGAGAGCGCUGUCAAGAAAAUAGUGCACAGAGUCCUGCUGCAAGUACUACAGGGUACAGAACACCCAUUGUUACCCCAAAUACAAGGACAAUCCAGGAAAGGCUUCUCAAACAAAAUGAAAAUUCCUCUACUGCCAGUUUAGCGCUUCAGCUUAAGCAGGAACGUGAACGAGAACUUGCAUGUAUUCGUGGCCGGUUUGAUAAGAGCAAUCUGUGGAGUGCAGAGAGAAGUGAAAGUUCAAAUAGAAAACUUCCAGAAGCAAAAAUGGAAAGCCAGUCUCAGGCUAGUCCAAACCAUCCUCCUAGUUCAGAUGCCACCACUUCUGGACCAGCAGAUGAUGCAGCAGCAGAUGAUAAGCCAGCAAAGUCUCCCAGUGUGGAAUCUUCAGACAUUCCUAAGUGUGAAGAGACUGAUAAACCAAGUCCUUUGACGAUCAUGCUGACGAACGGCUCUAAAAAAGUGACGUCUGUCUCAAAACUUGAACAGCUUGAUGUGAAACAGAAUGAUGAAGUAUGUGAAACUGAAAUGAAUGUGGAUGAUGAGCUGAACAGCUCAAGAGUGAUAAAUGAAAUUUUUGAAGUUCUUCAAGAGGAUGGUCCGGACAUAGAAAAGCUAAAGAAAGAAAUGAGCAUGAGCCUGGAAGGUGAAAGUGAUGAGGAUGAGCAGGAGGAGUCGCUAAAUAUUUCAUCAAUGUCUUUGUUAACCCCUUUAGUGGAAUCAGUUGGUCCAGAGGUGUUUGUUUCACCUUCUACCUCGGUUGGUGAGGGCAGCAGUGUCAGCGAUGCAAGUGUAAAGUCUGAAAAGUUCCAAAGGACUAAAGUCCCUAGGGCAGAGUCUGGAGAUAGUAUUGGCUCUGUGUCAGAAGAUCGCAAUCUCCUAUACAGUGUUGAUGCAUAUAGAUCUCAGAGGGUAAAAGAAACAGAUCGUCCUUCGAUAAAGCAAAUCAUUGUUCGCAAAGAAGAUGUUGCUUCUAAACUGGAAAAGAAAAAGAGCGGCCCGUCUGAUCAAAUCAAUAUUAAAAAGAAGAUGCAGGAGCUGAAUAAUGAGAUCAACAUGCAGCAGACAGUAAUUCAUCAAGCCAGCCAGGCACUGAACUGCUGUUUUGAUGAGGAACAUGGAAAAGGGUCACAAGAAGAAGCAGAAGCAGAGAGACUUCUCCUCCUUGCAACUGAGAAGAGAGCUGCUUUAUUGGAAGAAUUAAAUAGAGUGAAGAGUGAGGGGCCUCAAGGUAGAAGAAAUAAAGCUGCUUCUACAUCUCCUGAAUUUGCUCCAUCCAGGGGAUCUGUUACUAUUUCAGAAAUGCGUCUACCUCUUAAAGCAGACUUUGUGUGUGGUACAGUUCAGAAACCAGAGGCAGCAAAUUACUACUAUGCAAUAAUAUUGAGAUCUGGAGCAGAAAACAUGGUGGCAACCCCCUUAGCAAGCACUGCCAGCUCCCUGAAUGGAGAUGCUCUUACUUUUACUACAACAUUUACUAUGCACGAUGUAUCCAAUGACUUUGAAAUAAAUAUAGAAGUUUACAGUUUGGUGCAGAGAAAAGAAAUUGCAAGCACAGAUAAAAGGAAAAAGACAAAUAAAUCUAAGGUUAUUACUCCAAAGAGAUUAUUAACAUCUAUUACCUCUAAAAGCACCCUCCUUACCCCAGCCAUGGCCAGUCCAGGUGGCCCUAAUGCUGUGCGCACUACUAAUUUCGUCCUUGUUGGAUCCCACAAGUUAUCACUGUCUUCAGUAGGAAAUACAAAAUUUGCAUUGGAUAAGAUAAAUUAUGAAGGGGAGGAAAGAGAACUAUUGGGCUAUAUGUUCCAAGACAAGGUUCCCUUUCUGUCUCCUUUGGAAGGUCAUAUAUAUCUUAAGUUAAAAUGUCAAGUGGACUCUUCUGUGGAAGAGAAAGGCUUCUUGACUAUGUUUGAAGAUGUUAGUGGAUUUGGAGCAUGGCAUAGGCGCUGGUGUGUACUCUCUGGAAACUGUGUAUCUUACUGGACGUACCCAGAUGAUGAAAAACGAAAGCAUCCUUUGGGCCGGAUAAACUUGGCUAACUGUACUAAUCGUCAGAUUGAACCAGCCAACCGAGAGUUCUGUGCCCGUCCCAACACUUUUGAGUUAAUAACUGUUCGUCCUCAGAGGGAAGAUGACAGAGAGACUCUUGUCAGCCAAUGCAGAGACACACUCUGUGUCACGAAGAACUGGCUGUCUGCUGAUACUAAAGAAGAGCGUAACCUCUGGAUGCAAAAGCUCAAUCAAGUUCUCGUUGACCUUCGCAUGUGGCAGCCCGAUGCCUGUUACAAACCUAUUGGAAAGCUUUAAACUAUGGAAGGGAAAUAUUAAGAAAAUAUGUAUGUGAAAACCAUGCGAAUUAUGCAACUUGUAAUGAAUUUGUGGAAGGUCUUCUGGGCUACUUAAAAUGCUUUAAAUUUGAGAGAGCACAUGCCAUUAU